AUGACGAUCAUUUUAUUUAUUGAACGCACCCCUUGGUAUUUUUCAACAUUUAAUUUUUUCGCGCUCGCAGACUGUCAGCGUUCCGAUCUAAAAACGAUCGGCGUAUCAAGGGUAGAACAACUAUCAGUGAAUGGUUGCGUGGCGACGCUGGCACUCAAGUGCUUCGUUGAAAAAGAUGGUUUGGUCAGUAGGCUUACUUCUUUGCAAUGGCCCGCCCCAUUGCCACCACGCAACGACCUGAUCUUGGUAGACUUUGGGUCUAUCAGUGAAUGGUUGCGUGGCGACGCUGACACAAGUGCUUCGUUGAAAAAAAAUGGUUUGGUCAGUAGGCUUACUUCUUUGCAAUGGCCCGCCCCAUUGCCACCACGCAAUAACACUUCAGUUAUGUCUUCAGCAUCCAGCUGA